CUGGUCCGAUCACUUAUCAGCGAAGAACACAUGAACUCUAGCGCAAGAACAGAAAUCGCCCGCCACCUUCAUCUCCUCGGCAAGGAUCGAUCGGUCCAUAGGUGAGAUCGCCGGCGCAUCUGCGGAACUCGUACACAUCUUCGACCGUGCGAACGGAACCCAAAACGAUGGAGAACAAUCUGCUACCAAAACGAUGGAAACAAUCCGCUACCAAGACCCUCGUCGCCUCCGAUGGAGAACCCAAAACGAGAUCCAAUUGUUGACGUUGCUCCGGGUUGUGGAAGAAAAGACCGUCGUCACCGUGGCCCUCACCGGCAUCUCCAAACCGCUUGCAAAUCGAGGAAGAUGACCAGAAGGGGCUAGGGUUUGGGUGCGUGAAAUUGAGUCUGAUAAGAACAUAAAUUCGAGAGGAAACUCGAGUGAGAAUGAUGCCUAGGUGGGGCAGAGCUUUGAUCCGGUUAAGCAGGCUUAGUAAUAUUAAGAAAAAUGCUGAUUUUGUGACGAGGGAUUUGUAUGCUUGUUCGUUUCGUAACUAUGCAAAGGUUGCGGCUGCUAAUGUGGAGCCAAGUGUUAAGUCUGAUACCACUAAACCUGAGAUUGAAACCUUCGAUAUGUUCUUAUAAUGAUUUGAAGAGUUUAUUUCAUAAUUUUGUAUGCGAUGUUGUAUUUGUUCUCUUUUCCCAGUACAUCUUGGAUACGAGGAAUUCCAUUGUUGUUAUGUUUGGACGUUGGACCACAUUUGAACUGUCUAUGUGUUUUUGUUUUGUGUAUUUGUUGGGGGGUUUUGUGGAGGGUACCCGAGAUUUUGGGUUGUGGGAUAUUGUAAAUUUAUCUUGUGCCUCAAUCAGAUACAGGGUAACUGGAGUUAUCAUGAUAUAUAUAGGAAAGUGACUCAAAAUCUUUGCAGAUGUAAGUGGAAAAGACUAUGCAUCCUUGUACUUCUUUCUGUAUAUAGGUUUGUUAGUAGCUGAGGGCUUAAUUUUGAACCAAAAACUUUCGGUUGUUGGGGACUAUUGUGCAUUAGGGAGUUUAACAUGUGAGCUUCAGUUAUUAGAACUACUAAUUAUAUAUUACAUAAGUACAAAAAUAUAUAUCUUAAAUAAAUAGAAAUAAUAUGGUGAUAUGUAUAUGCAUAAGUGUAGAAUAUGUUUAUUUAAUUUUAACCAAAAUAGAUUAUCUUUUUUACUUAAUUAAAUGAAAACAUCGACCCGUGUUGAAUUUU